AUGUCUUCAUUUCAUUUUUAUUUUCCUUCUUUUAGUCUCUCCUAUUCAUUCUUUUGCUUCUUCUUAGUUAGCUCGGUGGUUCAAGUAGGCUUGGCCACUGAACCGCACAUUGGUUUGGGAUCAAAGUUAAAAGCUAGUGAACCCAACCGGGCAUGGGUUUCUGCUAACGGUACUUUUGCAAUUGGGUUUACUCGGUUAAACCCAGCCGACCGGUUCUUACUCAGCAUUUGGUUCGCACAACUUCCUGGUGAUACAACCAUCGUUUGGUCUCCCAAUAGAAACUCCCCAGUCACAAAAGAAGCCGUGUUGGAGCUAGAAGCAACGGGAAACCUCGUACUCACCGACCAAAACACCGUCGUAUGGGCCUCAAACACCUCAAACCACGGCGUUGAAGCAGCCGUUAUGUCAGAAUCCGGAAACUUCCUUCUCCUUGGAACCGAAGUUACCACCGGUCCAGCCAUUUGGCAGAGCUUUUCCCAACCUUCCGACACUCUCCUCCCAAACCAACCCUUAACCGUUUCUUUAGAACUAACCUCUAACCCUUCACCGUCGCGCCACGGCCAUUACUCCCUGAAAAUGCUGCAGCAACACACUUCGCUUAGCCUUGGCCUAACCUACAACAUUAAUCUUGACCCUCACGUAAACUACUCAUACUGGUCCGGGCCAGAGAUUUCAAAUGUCACCGGAGAUGUUACUGCGGUUCUUGAUGAUACUGGAAGCUUCAAGAUCGUUUAUGGAGAAUCCUCAACGGGAGCAGUGUACGUCUACAAGAACCCGGUAGACGAAACCGGGAAUCACAACAAUAGUAGUAAUUUCCGGUUCUCAAAAGACCCGGUUCUGCGCAGGUUGGUAUUAGAGAACAACGGUAACCUCCGGUUGUACCGGUGGGACAACGACAUGAACGGCUCAAGCCAAUGGGUCCCUGAUUGGGCAGCUGUAUCAAACCCAUGCGACAUAGCUGGGAUUUGCGGUAACGGAGUCUGCAGUUUGGACCGAACCAAGAUAAACGCCGACUGUUUAUGUUUACCCGGUUCGGUUAAGCUUCCUGAUCAAGAAAACGCUAAACUCUGUUCAGACAACUCAUCUUUGGUCCAAGAAUGUGAGAGUAACACCAAUACUAAUAAUAAAUUCAAGAUAUCAACGGUCCAAGAGACAAACUACUAUUUCUCAGACCGUUCUGUUAUCGAGAAUAUCAGCGAUAUCAGCAGCGUAAGGAGAUGCGGUGAGAUGUGUUUGUCAGACUGCAAGUGUUUGGCUUCAGUAUACGGUUUAGAUGAUGAGAAGCCUUAUUGUUGGAUUCUAAAGAGUCUGAAUUUUGGAGGCUUUCGAGAUCCUGGCUCGACCCUUUUCGUGAAGACUAGAGCUAAUGAAUCUUACCCCGCAAAUUCGAAUCAUAAUGAAUCUAAAUCGGGUAAGAGCCACGGACUAAGACAAAAGGUUUUGGUAAUUCCUAUAGUUGUGGGGAUGCUUGUGCUUGUGGCACUACUUGGGAUGUUACUAUACUACAACAUAGACAGGAAGAGAACACUAAAGAGAGCCACGAAGAACCCGCUUAUCCUCUGUGACUCUCCUGUGAGUUUCACUUACCGCGAUCUCCAGAAUUGUACUAACAAUUUCUCCCAACUUCUUGGAUCAGGUGGAUUUGGGACAGUAUACAAAGGAACAGUAGCGGGUGAAACACUAGUUGCGGUGAAGAGAUUAGACAGAGCAUUAUCUCAUGGCGAGAGAGAGUUCAUUACUGAAGUCAAUACCAUUGGUUCAAUGCAUCACAUGAACCUUGUUCGCUUAUGUGGUUACUGCUCGGAAGACUCACACCGGCUUCUAGUUUAUGAGUACAUGAUAAACGGGUCGUUAGACAAAUGGAUAUUCUCUUCAGAACAGACAGCCAGGCUGCUUGAUUGGCGUACACGUUUUGAGAUAGCGGUUGCGACUGCGCAAGGGAUCGCUUAUUUUCAUGAGCAAUGUCGGAAUAGGAUUAUUCAUUGCGACAUCAAACCUGAAAACAUCUUGUUGGAUGAGAGUUUUUGUCCUAAGGUAUCAGAUUUUGGGCUGGCCAAGAUGAUGGGGAGAGAGCAUUCGCAUGUGGUUACAAUGAUUAGAGGGACAAGAGGGUAUCUAGCACCCGAAUGGGUCAGUAACCGCCCGAUCACGGUAAAGGCUGAUGUGUAUAGCUAUGGAAUGCUUCUUCUUGAGAUUGUAGGUGGUAGAAGAAAUCUAGAUAUGUCCUUCGAGGCUGAGGAUUUCUUUUACCCUGGAUGGGCCUAUAAGGAACUAACGAACGGGACAGCUUUGAAAGCUGUGGAUAGGAGGCUACAAGGAGUAACAGAGGAAGAGGAAGUAGUCAAAGCUCUUAAAGUGGCUUUCUGGUGCAUACAAGACGAAGUAUCGAUGAGGCCAUCGAUGGGGGAGGUGGUGAAGCUUCUUGAAGGUACUUCGGACGAGAUAAAUCUACCACCAAUGCCGCAGACGAUUCUAGAGCUCAUAGAGGAAGGAUUGGAGGAUGUGUAUAGAGCCAUGAGGAGAGAGUUUAAUAAUCAGCUUAGCUCUUUGACAGUUAAUACCAUCACAACCUCUCAAAGUUAUCGUUCAUCAUCUCUGUCUCAUGCUACUUGUAGUUAUUCUUCAAUGUCUCCUAGGUAGUUUUUUUUUCUUUCUUUUUUCUAACAUUUUAUUUAUGAGUUCAUUUAUAUCUUAGGGAUUAUGAAAAUUUUGAUAUUUAUUGGAAAUAAUUUAGAUACACA